AUGGUAUACCUCAACCACACGCAGCUGCGCGGGGUAGCAAAGACAACCAGCGUUAGCCAUGACCAGCUCAGCGGUACCACUCUAGGCUGUUCAGGAGAUGGUAGUGCAGGAAGCUCAGUAACCAGUCUCCGCAGCUCCUCGGUGGCCACGAGCUCGGCCGGUUCGAGCGAGAUCCUGGUCGGACUUGGCAUCUCUACUACCACACUGGGCCUCAAAGUAGAGGACCACCAGCUGCCUAUAACUCCUAGACCAUACCAUGGCCAUUGCGUUGGAGGCAACGGUACCUUACUUCGCCGGAAUGAACUGGACAAGCCCCUCCCACCACUACCAUUAGGUGAAAGUGCUCCGAGCUAUGGAACCAUUGAGCAAAGAUACCUGGAGCACGGUCUCCCAAAGCACUAUCCCUUACCCCCUCGACCCCUGGGGCGGGAGCACUGGUCGCUCCCCAACAAGCCAGAAGCUCGUGACCUGGCAGCACUGGAUCGCGCCUUCGCCAGAAAGGGAUUGCUCAGUAAUCCCCUGCGUCACCUCCGGGCUCACCGUCACCUUCAUGAUGCGCCCACGGCAGCACUAAGCGCACCAUUGGUGCAUGGUCUGGACGAAGAGCCAAGGAAGACCGGGCCACUCCAACGUUGGCAACCAUUAGAAACGAGGAAUAAGCCGGGGGUGUCCCCCGUUGAGCCAGCAGCACCCAUAACCCAGACACAGCACAACGAACCAAUUCCAAACCCGGCACUGGUUAGCGCGUGGGCGGAAGAUAUUCCAGCAAUUCCGGCGACCACAGCUGCUCCACAAGCUAUCCUGGACCGUUCCCCAGCCCACCCGCCAUGGCGGAAUGAGCCGCCAAUUCACACGGACCUCGGGGCAGUCACGCGCGUGCAACGCAUCCUGUCUAUUCUCCUGGAGAACCGGGCUUUCCUCUGCAUGCCGAACAUGCUUGAUGAAGAUAGGGAGCGAUAUGCCAACGAUUUUAUCGCAGAGGCCCAACUGCUGCUUCUGGGCCGCUCGCAGCCAACAUUGCGAACAUCAGGGAGCGGGUCGCACGCCCAGGGCCCCUCGUCUACCGCGUGCGCUGGCUCUACCGGGCCCAUUACUCCGAUGCCUCAACCUCGCCACAGUAUCUACGAGCUUGACGUGCGGUCACGGGCGUCAUCCUACCAGUGCGCAUGGAAUGUACCGGUCCCCGUCAUGCUGCGGAUUCUGCAGCAGGUUGACUGCCUCGAGGACCUCUUCUCGGUGGCCCGAGUUAAUCGUGUGGCAUACAAGACCUUCAAAGCACACGAGUUGCCCCUUAUCCAGAGAACGUUGUGGAAGGUAUCCCCGCCGGCGUGGGAGCUUCGACAGGUCAGCGAAGUUGCCAUUCCAUAUACUAAAAAUGGUCCGGAUGGCUCACCGCUGGCGGCGAGUCUCUACCUGCGGCACUACGCGCGGGACCUGGAAACCCUCGUCCGAAUCAAGAUCCUAAUUUGGUGCUCUUGCCGGGCCGUUGUACGAGAAGAGAUGAUGGAGGCCCUGUGCAAUACGGGCAGCGAACGGGGUGCCGCGGUUGAGGAUGCCAUCUGGCGCGUAUGGACGUUCUGUCACCUCUUUGGGAGCCGAAAGGGCCGGGAGUGCGACCUUACCGGACAGGUUCGGUGGCUUCGCGGGCAGACGUGCAGUUCUGUACUACCGCAGGUCUGCUGCACCAGCCCUGACCCGAGCGACUUCAACACCGUGCUCUUCACGCCUCCAGAUGGGUUCGCGCACGGCAACCAAGGCCCACUCUCGGAGGAGCAGCUGUGCGAUAUGCUCGAGGUAUGGACGGCCAUGGCUACUUUGCUAGAUUUCCUACGGGUGCAGACGCCCCAUGCGCGCCGGUAUGGUGUGUUUAACAAUACCGGUAUUACUCCAGGAAACAAGCAGCAAGAAGAGUUCAUGCUAAAUGCCUGGCUCGACUUUAUUCUUACCCUUGGACCGGCCGCAGUCCUGGAGCUGGCGCAAUCUGGGCGCAGGUUCGGUCCCGGAACAGCCUUCGCUCAUGCGAACUCAAAUGGAUGGACGCAUUGGAACCCGCCGCCGUUCAACUCUGGAAGUCCAGACUCGGGGUUUCUGGCCGCAGCUGUCAAGGCUGUCAGCAAACCGGUGUAA